AUGAAACUGAGCCUACGCGCUCCAAAGAAGGACGACUUUAUAAGAGGCCCAUACUUUCACAGCAUAUUGAAGAUAUGUGUAUAUCUUCUCAUAUGUUUUGGUAUCACAUACACCCUUGAAUUCACCCUUAUUCCAAUGGGUGGUGUGAAAAGUCCAAUAUAUUCGAAUAUGUCUGGCUUUUGUAUGUUCUUCCCAAUGAUAAGUGUAUACCUGACCUAUUUGUUUACACACACCCCACUCACUGUUGAUUUAAAAGUGUGGUCCACACAUCUCAAAGAGCAUUGGAUUUAUAUUAUAGUCGGAUACUUCAUAAUGCCGGUCUUCAGUUUACUUGGGGUCUUUACAUUCUAUGCGACACAUCCCGAUGCCAUGGACAUCAGUAUGGGGUACAUGAUUAAUAAACAACAGAUUUUGAAUAAAUUCUAUGACAUACAUACAACAGAGACGGGACUUCAUGUCGAAUUUUCGUAUCAAAUGAUAGUUGCGUUGUUAAUAUCACCUAUCAUCAAUUUAGGUGUAACCAUUGGAGAAGAAAUUGGGUGGCGACUGUUUUUGUUUCCCGAGAUGUCGAAAAUUUUAAAUCCAAAGAUCUCGACAUGGAUAUGUGGGGUCAUUUGGGGACUCUGGCACGCACCACUGGUUUACUUUGGUCACAACUAUGGCACUGAUUACGCGGCAUGGCCUUAUGCGGGUAUUCUUAUGACAUGUGUGAUGACGACAUUCACUGGUAACAUGUUGAAUUUCUUCUACUUGAAAACAGGAAAUGUAUUAAUACCAGCAAUGAUGCAUUCCUCUUUGAAUGCACUUGCCACUUUAUACAUUUACUUUAUUGAUACAAUGUGGAGUGGAUGGGAAACAUUAUCUGUUUUCGAACAACCAACAACAGUCGGUGUUUUCAAUUUGAUUCCGUUCAUGAUUGCUGGGUGUGUUGUCGUUGUCUUCAUGUCAUUCAGUGACGUCGACAAAUUCAGAGAAGACUCUUCUUCCAAACAAGAAAAGGAGAAUGUUAUUAACAACGAUCCACUCAUAUAG